AUGCUGAAGAUUCGUACUGAAUUAAAAGAUAUCAUUAUAGACUCAAUCCAUGACUCACGUAAAGUUGAAAGAACUAGGCCUAGAGAAGUCAAUAUUGAUGAAUAUUAUGCUUCAACUUCAGCUGAUCAGAAUACCCAUGGUCAUGGAGUCAAACGUAAACACAUUACUGACCCAGUUAACAUUGUUAUACAUGAUCUAUCUGCCUCUGAUGACGACAUCCAAUUCACCCAAAACAGGUACAAAAUACCAAAGUUAUCACAUCAGUACAAAGAAGAUGGAUCAGUCAAUAGUGAUAAUGUGAUAUGUCAAAUUGAUGAACUCUUACAGGACAAACAGACAUCUGAUAAAGAUUCAGACUUUGAAGAAAGUUUAGAACAGGAAUACAAUUUAAAAGAGAAAGUUGGGACAGAGAUUAACCCAAAAGUGGCCAGUAUUGUGACUAAUUUAUUCAUUAAUAAUAAGUCUAAAGAGAAUAUUACAGAUAUUUUUGACAAGUAUCUUAGACCUGGCAACCUUGAUAUACAAUUACCAGAUGUGAAUGGUGAAAUAUGGGCUUUUAUGAAGUCUGGAACCUGCACUAAAGAUGUUAAAUUCCAGAAACUUGGUAAUAAAAUUGUCAAGUGUACAUAUGCUGUUACAAAUUUGACUGAUCAGUUGAUACAAAUCAAAAAGAAAUUUCCAGAUGUUAACAAGGAAAUGACUGAAACUGUAAAAAAGGCUAUGGAUUCUUUGACCCUAUUAGGCAGUGUUUUUAAAGACAUAAAUCAAUAG